AUGCCGCCGGUCGUUUUUCAUCGGGAAGCUCCCAUCACCGUCGCUGCUUCCCCUUUUCUUCCCGGGCUUUACCCAAUCACCGCUAGUAGUGUACGGAGUAAUAGUUCGACGCCAGAAAGCGGUGACAUUCGCAUUGAUCGCCCCCCUGAGCUACUUUAUCCUACUGUGGAGAUCGAGUGGUGUUUAUUGCUUCAUGCUAGUCGCGUUUUACAAAUAAACAUAAUGAAACCACACACGACCGCGAACACGUUUUCAUCUCAUAACCUAUCAGGGAGCUCAAUUCACGCUCAGUUUUAUGCUUCCGUCACUGCCUCUUUGACCGACCUAAGGACGGAUAUUAAAGCCAUCAUCUUCUCGGACGUAACUCAAAUACCUAUCAAGUUUGAACUACCCACCAUCAUUACCGAUCGCAUCGCAUCGCAUCGCAUCGCAUCGCAUCGCAUCGCAUAUCCUCCAUCCGGCAAGCCUUUGGCAAGUCGUAACUUGCGACCCUUGUUUGCCGUGCACCUCCGAAAGCAGCCCUGCGGCCUACCACCAAAUCAGGUCACCUGCGGCAUCAACAAGCCUCAGGAGACCCGCCGCAACUUCUUAGCCCCCUCCUGCCCCCAAUAUCAUCCCACGAUUCACCACCAAAGACUGGACACGACGGGGAUUCCACAGAACAGCGGCAUUGAACCGUCCGCAGCCACAUUUCUUCAACAAACCGCACCACCAUCACGACUACGGAUACCACCACCUCCAAUCCUACCUCUCGCGUCGUCGAUGCCAUCCUCCACAGCACAGCUGGAUAUCGACCUUCCUGCGCAUAUACAAGGCCAGCGACACCUCACAAACGACACUUUUGUGGAUACUGACACAUUUGACCAUUCGACGAAUACACAAAUCAGCUCUCCGAUCCUCGCUUUCGUUCCGGCUAGCAACCUCUUUUUCUCUUUCCCCCAGCCAGGGUUCACCACCAAACACCCACCACCUCCGCUUCUUGUCCAGAAAGAGAGCCCCGGACGGUCCCAGUACCAGGUCCAGUCUGCCUACCGAGGUACCUAUGCCCCGCUAGCAUCGGCCUCCACCGCCUUCGCGACCAAGGGCCAAGGCAAGGCUACUCCGCUCUCUCCUGGACUCUGCACCGCUUCUCCCUCUUCGCUUCGGGCCUUACCUUCCCCAUCAAACAGGCCCAUUCCUUUCUGA